AGAUCAGUGUUGACUAACAUCUAAAUUUAACACAGAGUUAAAAUCAUCUUCGAUAAUCCAAUAUCACCAUGUCUCGUCUAGUAUUAGUUGGUGUAUUUCUCCUAGUCCUGGCUAGUGUAGUUGAUGGUAGUUCCAGUUCGUCUCGAAGAUCAAGCAGAAUUCGGCGUUUACCGAGUAAAUCUAUGAAUCGAUUCUUCAGAGGGCUGUGUUCAAGGUUCAGAGAGUCGGCUAUAAUAACAAAUAAUGAAGAGGAACCUAUAAUCACUGGAAGAGAGUCUGUAGUUCCCGAGAUUACUUCAGCAUCCCCUGUCACCGACCCUACUACCGUACCCCCUGCCACCGACCCCCCCACACCGAAAACUUGUGUGUAUGUAAUGAAGGAAUACCCUUCCACUGAUGUCAAAUCAGAGCUCGUUCUCCCGGAAAUAUUCAACAUCACUCGAGAAGAAUGUGAAGAUAUUUGUAAGAAGGACGCAUCCUGUAUCGAAGUCGAAUCCUUCGGCAGAACUCCAGUAAGGUGUACCCUUAAUAUGGGUCGUACCCGUCUAGCUGGGCUGAACGAGGCUAUAUGUUUAUCUUCCUGUAAAACCAGACCCGAAUGCUUUGCAAUAAGUAUACGUCAGAUGAAAUGUCAACACUUCAAUCGUCUUUUCAACUCAUCUGAGUUAAUACCCGACGAAACACAUUUGUCUAAGGUUUUUAUGAAAGUAUGCCAACAUUAAUAUAAAUAUCAGACUAGGGUUUUUCAUUCAAAGCAUGCAUGACUUUCGGGAAAUGCUAAAACAUAAAUAUCAAACUGAAUUUAUUGUUUCGAACGCCAAACACCAUACCAGAUUUGAAAAGUUAGCCCCAGUUUCAAAACUUGCUAUCCUGACGAAGAUUGUGUAUCAAAAACACAUCAGCCUAGACAGCAUGAUAUCAGCUUAAAUCAAUGAGCUAACUUUAAGUCAUUUAAUGAAAGGUUAACCCCUUUCCAACACUAGCUGUUCUGACGAGGACUGUGUAUCUGAAACACAUGUCAGCAGUAUGAUCUAUGAACUUUAGUCAAAUAAUUCCAGAAUGUAUGUAUUUAAAAUGUUAAUUAUGAAGAACCCACAACUGAUAUUGUUGUCUACCAAAAUAAAUUAUGUAUCUCAG